UGUGUAGUCACUCUUACCUUUCAGUUUAAAAUGAGACCGAUCUACCUUUUGUCUGAUUGCUAUGUCUAGUGAAACAGAUAAGUUGUAAGACCAGCCCAAGCAGUUUAUCCGACCCGCUGCACCUCGGAUGAAUCAGCAGGCUCGUUCACGCGCACGUGCUCCGGGUCUGAACGAGUCUGGUCUGCUUGUCGGGUCGCACCGAGACGUCUUGAUUUCACGCGGUCGUUAAGACGCUUUGGCCGAGUUACCGCGGCGAUAGAACGGCACGGCAAAAAAACGGAAGUAACGCUAAACGUUUUCGAGCGUAAAUCCGAGAAGUUUGUUACCCGUCUCGCUUCGUGAGAGCCCGUCUCAAACGCGUUAAAACUUCGACGCGUUUCGUUUGUAGGUUUUUUGUCCCUUAUGGCCGCCCUUACGUCAACUCUUCUUUUGACGCGAGCUCGCGCGCUCGCGCCGCUCCCGACAGACUCGGGUUUGCUGCUCGCGGAAGUGACGCGUCGGUGUUUGCGCAGCUCCAUGGCGGAGGGGAGCGACUUCCCGCUGGAUUACAGGCAGGAGCAGGAUGUUACGUGCUCCAGACGGGACUCUCGCGGGUGCUUCGUGAACCCUUGGACAACAUGGCAGUUCCCCUCCUACGGCACCAUAGCUCGCCUGUUCCUCACCGAGAAGAACAACAGUAAUGUUCCCAGUGCCAAAGAGGUUCUUGACCAUGAGUUGCCAAUUCAGGAGCCGUAUUUUGUCCAGAGGCCAGAUCAGUGUGGACAGACAGGCCCGUCUGUGCGAGCGACCUGGCUGGGUCACGCCACCGUCCUGGUGGAGAUGGAAGGACUGGUGUUUCUGACCGACCCCAUGUUCAGCCAGAGAGCCUCUCCAGUGCCGCUCAUGGGCCCGAAGCGUUACCGUGACCCGCCAUGCACCAUCGAGCGGCUCCCCCGCCUGGACGCGGUGCUCAUCAGUCACACGCACUACGAUCACCUCGACGCAGACUCCGUGGCAGCUCUGAACACUCGCUUCGGCUCCGGUCUGCGCUGGUUUGUGCCGCUCGGGUUGGCCGCGUGGAUGCGGAAGGCGGGCUGCGAGAAUGUCACAGAGCUGGACUGGUGGGUGGGAAGCCGCGUUCCCGGGCACGACAAUGUCACAUUUCUUUGCACGCCAGCACAGCACUGGUGCAAACGCACCCCUCUGGAUGACAACAGAGCGUUAUGGGGAAGCUGGACAGUCGUAGGCCCCCAUUGCCGCUUCUUCUUCGCCGGAGAUACGGGAUACUGUUCGGCAUUUAAAGAGAUCGGAAAGCGCUUCGGGCCGUUCGACCUGGCUGCCAUCCCGAUCGGAGCGUACCUGCCCAGAGGAAUCAUGAAGUCUCAGCACGUGGACCCCGAAGAGGCCGUUCAGAUCCACAUAGACAUCCAGGCCAAAUCAUCGCUGGCCAUUCACUGGGGGACGUUCGCUUUAGCCUAUGAGCAUUAUCUUGAGCCUCCAGCACGUUUGCGUGAGGCUAUGGUGAAUCACGGACUGAAUCCAGAUCUGUUCUUCACUCUUCAUCACGGAGAGUCAAGGAAGAUCAACCACAAGGACACGCGCUGAACACAAACCCAGGAAACAUCCCUGAAUACUCCACCCUUCCUCUUCUCAAAGUGCACCGUUACUGACCUUCCCGAAGAUCUGCUGUUUCCUGUGUCGAGCAGGUGGGAUCGUGACCGGAUCGCAGCUGUCGGCUGAAUGUUUCUGGAGAUCAGCAGUGAAGAAACGUCAGUAGUUUCAGAGCAAAUGCGAGUCCGAUCCAACAGCAGCCAUGAGACCUGUCAGUGCUACCUGCGCCCAGGUGAGUGACACUGCUCAUUUACAGCUUGUGAGCUACCAAUAAACAUCGAGAGAGAGACCCGACCCCCAGCGGAACGCGCUUCACCUCUGACAGGAAUAAAUAAAUAAAUAAUUUGUUUUU